AUGUGCUUUCCUUGCUCCGUCACGCCAGCUCGUGCCGGUGGCUGGCUGGCUGGCUUUGGUUCUGGGUUCUGGGCUCUGCGCGGCAACAGCUCCGGCCUCCGGCCUCUUUGCUUCGAUUUGGGGAUGGCGGUUGACUUUUCCGCCGCCAUGGGUUGCCAAGAUCCGAUUCUCAUGUCCCACUGUAGUUUUGGUGCGGCUGGAAUGGGGAGCGGCGAGAAGACCGUCACCGCUUAUGGCGAGUACACCUAUGCUGAGCUGGAGAGGGAGCCCUAUUGGCCAAGUGAGAAGCUGAGGAUUUCGAUUACUGGGGCUGGUGGUUUCAUUGGAUCCCACAUUGCUCGCCGUCUGAAGAGCGAGGGCCACUACAUCAUUGCCUCUGACUGGAAGAAGAAUGAGCACAUGACUGAAGACAUGUUCUGCCAUGAGUUCCACCUUGUUGAUCUCAGGGUCAUGGACAACUGUCUGAAGGUCACCCAAGGUGUCGACCAUGUCUUUAAUCUUGCUGCUGAUAUGGGUGGCAUGGGGUUCAUCCAGUCGAAUCACUCCGUGAUCAUGUACAACAACACCAUGAUCAGUUUCAACAUGCUGGAGGCUGCACGUAUCAAUGGUGUGAAGAGGUUCUUCUAUGCCUCAAGUGCAUGCAUUUACCCUGAGUUCAAGCAGCUUGACACAAAUGUGAGCCUGAAGGAAUCUGAUGCCUGGCCUGCUGAGCCUCAAGACGCCUAUGGCUUGGAGAAGCUUGCAACAGAGGAGCUGUGCAAGCACUACACCAAGGACUUUGGUAUUGAGUGUCGCGUUGGCCGUUUCCACAACAUUUACGGCCCUUUUGGGACAUGGAAAGGUGGUCGUGAGAAGGCACCGGCUGCCUUCUGCAGAAAGGUUCAGACAUCCACGGAGAGGUUUGAGAUGUGGGGCGAUGGUCUCCAGACCCGCUCCUUCACUUUCAUCGACGAGUGCGUCGAGGGUGUUCUGAGAUUGACCAAGUCAGACUUCCGCGAGCCAGUGAACAUCGGAAGCGAUGAGAUGGUGAGCAUGAACGAGAUGGCUGAGAUCGUGCUGAGCUUUGAGGAUAGGAAGCUGCCAAUCCACCACAUCCCUGGUCCAGAGGGGGUCCGUGGGCGCAACUCUGACAACACCCUUAUCAAGGAGAAGCUUGGCUGGGCCCCAACAAUGAAGCUCAAGGAUGGGCUGAGGUUCACCUACUUCUGGAUCAAGGAGCAGAUCGAGAAGGAGAAGACCCAGGGGGUCGACAUCGCGGCCUAUGGGUCGUCCAAGGUGGUGUCCACCCAGGCGCCCGUGCAGCUGGGCUCCCUCCGUGCCGCCGACGGCAAGGAGGGGCUCUGA